UUUGCAACUUCUCCUCAUUAUAACGGCUCAAACUUGGCAUGCGCUGCAAAAUUCGACGGAGUUCUUCGCCUUUUUUUGGGGAUCGAAUCGAUCGAUCACGCUCUGCGAGAGAGACAAAGGAUGGAAGCCGCCAGCAAUCUGUCCGCCCGAUCUGCAUCGGGUGCAGGAUCCUCGAAGUUGCGUUACCCGCUACGAUCCGCGGCUAAAUCGAAGGAUGGGAAGCCGGUGAUCGACGAACCUACGCUCUCAUCUGCUUCGAAGAAAGGUAGAUCUUCUCCUGCAGUGUGCAAGAGCAUGAGCGUUUUCAAUGUGUCCGGAAAGGAUAAUGCUGCAAAGCAUCCACGUAGACUUUCAAUUCCUACCAAACCUAGUUCUACUCCCGUUCCUCAACCAAUUGGGAGUGUAACGCCUAUAUCAGAGACACGAGCGAAAAGAUUGAACAUGCAAGGGAAAAACGAUACACCAUCGUCUGAAGCAUCAAAGUCUAUCAUCAGACGGAAAUUCAGUGUACUUUCUUCUGCUUCUUAUUGGUUAACACAGAUCAAAUUGGCAGAAUUAGCAUCAAAACAUUCAACUUCACUUGGUUUUUUCAAGCUUGCACUUGAGUCAGAAUGUGAGCCUUUAGAUCGAGUACGCGAGGAGCUUAAAUCAUACAUACAAAGACAUGCCCUUGUUACUGAGCAAGAGGAAUCUGUCAAAGAUUUACUCCAGCGCUACAAUAUCAUGGAGGACUUUGAGAAGUUUAAAGUUUCUGUAAAUUCCCCUAAGGUAUCUGAGAUGGUGACUCAGAAAUCAGACAAGCCAAAAUGUAGCAUAGAAUCGAAAACAAGAGACAGAAAUGUGACACCCAAGGCACUGUACUCUGGUAGUCUCACCGCAAUCACUAACUCAAACAGUAAGGAUGGUUUUCCAAAGAGGCAACCAAUUUAUGUAAGCAAAGGCAACAAGGAUGCAGCAAAGACAGUGCCUAUUAAAGAUAACAAUGGAACCACUGUAUCCAAAAAAUCUCAGAAGUCAAAGAUAGAAUCUCCGAAGGAAGACGAAACAAUGAAGAAGUCAGAAGAAAAUUCUCCUCCUGAAACAGGUGACAAAGCAGAUAUUUUGGCCACAGAAGGUGCAUUACAGGAAGACAAGGAGAACACGGAUGUUCAUACAGUUGAGGAAGCUAACUGCAUUGCAGCAAUUCCAGUGAAUUAAACUAAGAUUCAAAUUUUUAUCGUUUUUAGUGUGAUUUACAGACUUUAAAUGGUUUGCCUUGAUAUUUCUUUGGGAGAUUUAUAAAAAUAGUGUGAAGAACAAUGUUUGGUGUGGUUGGCUUGGCUCAAAAAGAUGUCAAUCUUUCUUGUAUUUUUCAGUCGAAUUUUGGAAUUUGCAUCAUUGAGUUCUGCUUCCAAUUUCAA